AUGAUCACGAUAAUUAUCAUUUUAAAUCUUAAUUAUAAUAAAAUCAAGAUGUACAAUUAUUAAAAUUCAUUUUUUGGAAGUCCACAUUAUAAAUAUGCUUCUAUUAUAGCUUUAGUAUAUUUUGCAUUUGAAAUUUACACUUUUUAUUUCAGGUUUAACAAAUUCAAGUGUUCAUUUAACAGAGAGAGUUUUGAUUGCAUAUUAAAUUCAAUAGUAAUUGUAUCUGCUAUAUAUUGUGGUAUUCAAGCCAAAACUUUUCAGCCAACAAAAACAUUAACAUUUUAUGUAAAAAUUGGAAUAUUUAUCCUCUUUUACAUUAUGAAUUCAUGUAUCAAUAUUAACAAUGUUUCAAAUAACAAGAAAUACUCAUGA